AUGCCAAUCCCAACCCCACCUUCCUACCCCAGACCAGACUUCCUCCGCGAAGACCUAACAUGGACAUCUCUCAACGGCCCUUGGUCUUUCCUCUUCGACGACAACGAUGUUGGAUUAAACCAGGGAUGGCAUUUGACCAAUCUCCCAGAUAAAAUCACCGUCAACCCCACCAACACAAAUAGCGCCGAGAACACCGAAGCCCAUAGCAUUACAGCCAAGAUCGCCGCUGGAACUCAAGAGCUGUUACAGGGGAAUCAGUUCAAGAACGAUCAUACUGUGCAUCAGAAGAGGAGUAUCCAGGUGCCGUAUGUUUUCCAGUGUCCUGCCUCUAGGAUCGAAGAGAAAGGUGUGCAUGAGGUGUUGUGGUACGAGAGGGUUGUAGAGGAUUUGAGAACCACAGAAGAGAAGGCAGCUGGCCAUCGUGUGUUGCUGAGAUUUGGAGCUGUUGACUACGAAGCCAAGGUUUGGCUCAAUGGGCGCUUCUUUGGUGGUCAUCGCGGCGGACAUGUCCCUUUUGACAUUGACAUCACCGAUGCAUUUACGACGGAGAAGACUCAGAGACUCACCAUUCGGGUGUUCGAUUCUGCGCACGACUUAACACAGCCGCGUGGAAAGCAGUAUUGGAAAGCUCAACCGGAGAGUAUCUUCUACACGCCCAGUGGCGGUAUCUGGCAAAGCGUGUGGCUUGAGUCAGUGCCUGUGGUGGCGAUUGGAGAUGCGAGUACAGGCACGCUACUCAAAAGUAACGAAAUCGAGAGUGGCAAGCUGGAAGCCAGCAUCAAGAUCCUUGGACGGCCCGCUGGGCAUGCGUAUAGUGUAGAGCUCGAAGCUAGCCUAGCAGGCGUAUCCGUCAGCAAGACAGGAAAGAUUGACUUGCCACGGGACUCAGACACCGCGUCACUGAAUACCAACAUGCGGCUAUCUGCAUUACAGGCUUCACAACUGCCGGCAAGCCUUACAUCUACCGCUCCACUUUCCGACCCGACAGCAUGGCUCGACAACCUAGCCCUCUGGUCUCCGGAGCACCCAACACUCUACGACCUUACCAUCCGUUUGUACGACAGCGAGGACAGGAUCGUUGAUAAAGUUCACACAACAACUGGCAUGCGCUCCCUGCACUGGAACAACUCUACCUUCCGCCUUAACAACCGCCCCUACUUCCAAGCGCUCUUCCUCGACCAAGGCUAUUGGCCUGAAACUUUCAUGACACCUCCAUCCUCCGACGCACUGAAGCUAGAUAUCGAAUUGACCAAAAACAUGGGCUUUAAUGGAUGCCGCAAGCACCAAAAAGUCGAAGACCCAUUGUUCCACUACUGGGCCGAUCGCCUUGGCUUGUUGGUCUGGGGCGAAAUGGCAAACGCAUACGCAUUCUCCGAGGCCUAUGUAGAGCGCAUGGAUCAAGAAUGGCGGGAAGCGGUCCUGCGGGAUCGCAAUCACCCUUGUGUAGUCGCUUGGACGCCAGUCAACGAGUCGUGGGCGUACACUGAUCUGCAUACAAGCAAGCAGCAGAGGGAUCACAUCAGGAGUCUAUACUAUGCGACCAAGGUGCUGGACUCGACGAGACCCAUCAACGAUAAUUGUGGCUGGGAGCAUGUCAUGACGGAUCUGACUACGUUCCACGAUUACGCUGAUGCGGAUGAGCUUACCAAGACUUGCUCGACCUUGGAGGGUAUCAUGAAGAAGCAAUCAAAUCGACCAACGUUCCUUGCGCCCAUUGAAAGCCUUUGCGAUCCAGGAUCCAAACACACCCCUGGCGCACCAGUUAUAUGCACAGAGUUUGGUGGAGUCAAUAUCGCGCGAGCGGCUGCGGGUGCAGAAGAGGAUAGGACGAGGGACUGGGGCUACACCACUGCUACUGACCCCAAGGAUCUGCUCAAGCGCAUCGAAAAGAUGAUGACGGGAAUCGUUGAUGGAGGGUAUUGCUGUGGAUUUGUGUACACACAGCUUACAGACAUUGAGCAAGAGGUCAAUGGAGUGUACACUCCCGACCGCAAAGAGAAAUUGGAUGCUACGGAGGUGAAGAAAGUGGUUGAACGCGUCAUGGAGAAGUAUGCGCAAAUGCACAAGUAA